CUCACGCACUCACGGCUUCGGACGGUCACUUCCACUUUGUAUUAUGUCCAUGGCGCAAUGAUUUGUUGCUAAUUUUGCAUUAUUCCCUCAUUCGCCAAUACUGCCCCUAUCACCGCAACAAAUUGAUCGAUUUGAUUUCGAACGAAACAAUCGUGUGGCAGCUCUCGAACCGUCCACCUUACCAUAAACACCACCACCACCAUGCCGCAGCCAUUGCCCAGCAAGGAGCAGACGCUCUUUCGCUCUGUCGUUAAGUACUAUGAGGGCAAACAAUACAAGAAGGGUCUCAAAGCCGCCGACCAGAUCCUGAAGAAGCACCCCACCCAUGGCGACACACAGGCAAUGAAGGCGCUCAUCCUCAAUUCGCAAGGACACGGCGAGGAAGCCUUCACUCUCUGCAAGGCUGCUCUUAAGAACGACAUGAAGUCGCACAUCUGCUGGCACGUCUACGGUCUGCUAUGGCGAUCUGUCAAGAAUUAUGAGGAAGCAAUCAAGGCAUACAAGUUCGCGCUGCGGAUAGAACCUGGUUCGCUGAACAUUCUGCGCGACCUCGCCCUCCUACAAUGCCAGAUUCGCGAUUACGAUGGAUACAUUGAGAGCAGGCGGAAGAUGAUGCAGGAGCGCCCUCAACUGCGACAGAACUGGACCGCGUUGGCUGUGGCCUUCCAUUUGGCAGGCAACUUGACUGAGGCAGAAAACAUUCUGAAGACCUACGAGGAGACGCUGAAGCAGACACCACCGAAGGGAGAUAUCGAGCACUCCGAAGCCGUCCUCUACAAGAACACGAUCAUUGCCGAGUCAGGAGAUACCGAGCGCGCGCUGAAGCAUUUGGAUGAGAUCAUCAAGAGCAACCUGGACCGUACAUCUGCAUUGGAGCUGAGGGCUAAAUACCUGCUGGAUCUUGGGCGCAAUGAGGAGGCUGAGCAGGCAUACCGCAAUUUGCUGGAGAGGAACAGCGAGUACCGUGCGUACUUCGAUGGGCUCGAGAGGGCGCUUGGCUUGAGCCGCGACAACAAGGCAGAUGUCGAGAAGCUGGCCGAGCUCUACCAAUCCUACGCCAAGGAGAACAGUCGCAAUGAUGCGACCAGACGCGUACCUCUGGAUUUCCUGUCUGGCGACGCUUUCAAGGCCGCUGCAGACUCGUACCUCCGCUGGAAGCUGAACAAGGGUGUUCCUUCGACAUUCGCCAACAUCAAGUCGCUAUACGCCGAUGCUGAGAAGAAGGCCAUCAUCGAAGAGCUGGUUCUCGGAUACGAGUCGGAAAAGAAGGCAAAUGGUUCUGCUAAGGAGGAGACAAACGGCGACAAGUCAGAUCGUUUCGAGCAGUCCGUGCUGUACUUCCUGGCGCAACACUAUAACUACGUUCUGAGCCGCGACCUCAAGAAGGCUAACGAGUACAUUGACCGACUUAUCAAACUCGACCCCAAGUCCGUUGAUUAUCAUCAGACUAAGGCACGUAUCCAGAAGCAUACCGGCGACAUCCAAAAGGCCGCAGAGACGAUUAACCACGCACGCGAGCUUGACGAGCGCGACCGAUACAUCAACACGAAAUGCGCCAAGUAUCAGCUGCGCGCCAACGAGAAUGAGAAGGCGUUAGCGACCAUGAGCAAGUUUACAAGAAAUGAGGCGGUUGGCGGUCCCCUCGGUGAUCUACACGACAUGCAGUGCAUGUGGUAUCUCAUCGAAGACGGCGAGGCGUAUGCACGUCAGCAGAAGUACGGCUUAGCCCUGAAGCGCUUCACCGCGAUCGCAGAUAUCUUUGACGUUUGGCACGAGGACCAGUUCGACUUCCACAGCUUCUCGCUUCGAAAAGGACAGAUCCGCGCUUACAUCGACAUGAUCAGAUGGGAGGAUCAUCUCCGCAACCAUCCCUUCUUCACACGAGCAGCCAUCAACGCAGUAAAGAUUUACCUCAAGCUAGCAGACGACCCCAAGUUGGCGAACCCUGAUCAGUUGGACCUGAGCAAGCUCGACCCUACAGAACGAAAGAAGGCCGAGAAAAAGGCAAAGAAGGAGCGUGAGAGGAAAGAGAAGGAGGAGGCUGACAGGAAAGCGGCCGCUGCCGCUAAGGCAACUGCUAAGGCAGAUGACGAAGACAAGAAGAAAGAGGACACAGAUCCCAACGGCGAGAAGCUGUUGCAGACCAAGGAACCGCUGGAAGCCGCUCAAAGGUUCUUGAAGCCCAUGCUUGAGCAUAGCACCCAGAUCGUCCAGGCGCAAAACGUUGGGUUUGAGGUCUACCUCAGGAGUCAGAGGUACCUGCUUGCCCUAAAGUGUCUGCAGGCUGCACGAGAACUGGACCUUGAGAACCCAAUGGCGCACGAGCAGAGCGUGCGUCUCCGCCAAGCUCUCAGCAAAGUCUCCGAACUCCCGGCCGAGGUCUCUCAGGUCGUCAAAGACACCUUCACCACACCGGCCGCCGACGCCGACCUGACAGCUUACAACAACGAGUUUAUCAAGAAGCACUCUGAGAGCGCACGACACCUCCAAGCCGCGUACACUGCUCGCUACGCCCUUGACAACAGCACCAAGAGUCAGAACGAGACGGACCUGAUUAAGACACUGGAUCUUUCGACCAUCACAUUUGAGCAGGCCGAGCAGGGGCUGGCACUGUUGAGCGAGUGGAAGAGUGAAGAGAAGGUUCAGGACGAGUACAGGUCGAAGGCUGCGAGCCGGUGGAGCGAGGCUAAUGUGUUCAUCAAGUAGAGCGGUUCUAAGCGCAUGAGCUUUGCUGGUGUGUCGAGCGAUGCUGCCUUUCAGCAUAGCGGUGUUGUGAUGGCGCGUGUGGACAUGGAAAAGCAUAUCAGCGAAGGUGCUGUAUUGAUACACUAGCUGGAACCAAAGCUGCAUGGGUGAAUGUCACAUCAAACCCGUUAUUCGAAUAUUUCGUCAAUCCUCCGUCCGCGAAGACUACAGCCUGACGCGUACAUCUAGCUUGCCCAAGAGAAUAGAUUGGGGUUACAGUGACCGCAGAGUGAAGGUAAUCGCCAAGCACAGAGCGCCUGUAUGGCUGUGCAAUUGGACGGCUCUCGGCUGUGCAGAUAAGAGUACCCACAUGCUAGGCAUAAACACCUCCUGGGUAGCUCAUCCCGGGUUCCUGCUCGACUCAGGUUUUUCGAUCAUGCCGACCACGCUGGAGGCGGCCGCCAAUCUCA